UUUUUCGUUAACUCGUUUAAGACAAUAACCUUUAAAAAAUAACAAAUUAAGGGUAUUAUUUUCCACUGUUUAUAGAUUUUGAGUUUUUCAAUGGAUGUUAAAGAAUUUAUUGUGCUUCUGGAUAGAGAGAAUCGACGCGGAUUUCUUCCGUUCCGACCUUUUGGUUGCCAUGGAAACAUAGGUUCUGUAGUUUAAGCUUCUGGGUAUGACAGAAGGAUGAGUUUUGAACUCUAAAUCUGUUGAAACGAGGGUAUGGAUUAAUACGAUGGGUUUUGAAUCUUUUGAUCUCUGAAGGAUCAAUAGGAUAAAUUUGGGUUUCAGUACAGAGAAUUUGGCUGAAUUCUGUUGUUGCUAAGACUUGAGUGUGGGUGUUGACCAUGGAGAAGCAGAAGAGCUUUCGGGUAAUCAUGGAGAAACAGAAGAGCUUCCGUGGUGUGGUUGAGAAACAGCUUAGCUUCCGAGGGGUGAUGGAAAAACAGAAGAGCUUUCGCAUAGCAAUGGAGAAGCAGCAAAGCUUUAACGAUCUGAGGAAGAGCAAAGAGUCUCCGGGAAAAAGGGGAGAUUCCCCAUUUCAUCUAGCUGCUCGAGUAGGGAAUUUAGCCAGGGUUAGAGAUAUUCUACAAGAAUGCGACAGUGUUAAUCUGAAGGAUUUGCUGUCAAAGAAGAACCUGAAUGGGGAAACUGCCCUGUAUGCUGCGGCUGAGAAUGGUCACGUCCAAGUUGUUACUGAGCUCUUGAAGCAUCUGGACCUUGAAACUGCGUCUCUCCAGGCUAACAACUGUCUUGACUCAUUCCAUGUUGCAGCCAAGCAGGGCCAUGUGGAGGUUUUGAAAGAACUUUUGAAUUCGUUUCCCAACUUAGCCAUGACAACAGAUGCAGCCAAUACUACAGCUUUGCACUCAGCAGCCAAUCAAGGUCACAUUGAUGUUGUCAAUCUCCUACUUGAAAGUGAUUCAAACCUUGCAAAGAUAGCUAAAAGCAAUGGUAAGACUUCCCUGCACUCUGCAGCAAGAAAGGGGCACUUGAAAGUGGUGGAGUCCCUAAUAAGCAAGGACCCAAGUACUGGUUUUAGGACUGAUAGGAAGGGGCAAACUGCAUUACACAUGGCAGUGAAGGGGCAAAAUGUUGACAUUUUGGUCGAGUUGAUAAAACAUGAUUCCUCUGUUAUUAGUUUGGAAGAUAACAAGGGAAACACAGCAUUACAUACAGCAACAAGGAAGGGCCGCCUUCAGAUGGUUCACUGUCUAUUAUCAGUUGAUGGAAUUAAUGUUAAUGCACUUAAUAAGGCUGGAGAAAGUGUACUUGAUAUUGCAGAAAAAUCUGGAUAUGCAGAGAUUGCUUCUAUUCUAAAAGAAGCAGGGGCAACUGCCAUUAAGGACCAUGUGAACCCUCCAAAUGCAGCAAAGCAACUAAAGCAGACAGUGAGUGACAUAAAACAUGAUGUUCAGUCCCAACUGCAGCAAUCCCACCAGACUGGAGUUCGAGUACAGAAGAUUGCAAAGAGGAUAAAGAAGCUUAAUAUCAGUGGCCUUAAUAAUGCCAUAAACUCAGCUACAUUUGUUGCAGUCCUUAUUGCAACUGUUGCUUUUGCAGCCAUCUUCACUGUACCUGGCCAGUAUGUCGAGGUUAAGACAGAAGGCAAAACAAUUGGGCAAGCAAAUAUUGCAGAUAAACCAGCAUUCCUCGUCUUCAUUGUUUUUGACUCUCUGGCCCUCUUCAUCUCCUUGGCUGUUGUCGUGGCCCAGACAUCUCUGGUUGUGAUUGAGGAGAAGGCAAAGAAACAACUGAUGUUUGUGAUCAAUAAAAUCAUGUGGGUAGCCUGCCUCUUCAUAUCAGUUGCCUUCAUUUCUCUCACUUAUAUCGUAGUGGGCCAGCAUGCCCAAUGGCUUGCUGUGUAUGCCACAGUGAUUGGUAGCUUGAUCAUGCUGACUACCAUUGGUUCCAUGUGCUACUGUGUCAUCUUGCAUAGGAUGGAGGAGUCAAGUAUGAGGAAUAUAAGGAGAACAUCUGAAAGCCAGUUCCGUUCAUUCUCAAUAUCUAUGGUACCAUCAGAGUCUGAACUGUUGAACAAUGAAUACAAGAGGAUGUAUGCAGUUUAGACCUUCAAGCUAAAGAUUUUGUUGUAUUUUUCUUCUGCAAUGCUAAGUCUCCUUCCGAAUUCCUUGCUCCUGUUCUAGUAAAAUUGACUUGGUCUUUUAACUCAAACUGAGUAUAAGAAGCAGGGAACCUGGGAAUAGAAAACAGAUACUGGAUUUCAGUAGUUCAAGGAAAUUGAGUAAUCUAUGGUAAUAUUGGGUUACAUAUAUUCAAAUUCCGGAUGUAAUUUAAAUAUUGUUCCCUUUUUCUUCUGCGCAUGAAUAUAUAAUGUACAUACAAGAAAAGCCUACAUCUGAGGACCUUUUGUGGCUCUUUCCAACAUUGAUGUUCAGAUUGGGCAGAAACUGAGGAUAUAAUUCAAACCCAUACUUAGUUCA